AUGUCUGGUCGUGGCAAGGGAGGUAAAGGACUCGGGAAAGGAGGCGCUAAGCGUCAUCGCAAAGUGCUCCGUGAUAAUAUCCAAGGCAUUACUAAGCCUGCUAUCCGCCGCCUGGCUCGCCGCGGAGGAGUGAAGCGAAUCUCCGGGCUGAUCUAUGAAGAGACCCGCGGGGUGCUGAAGGUGUUCCUGGAGAAUGUGAUCCGGGAUGCCGUCACCUACACUGAGCACGCCAAGAGAAAGACCGUCACCGCUAUGGAUGUGGUGUACGCUCUGAAGCGCCAGGGGCGCACUCUCUACGGGCGUGACCAUCGCUCAGGGAGGAGUGCUAUGGCAAGAACCAAGCAGACAGCUCGUAAAUCCACCGGUGGAAAGGCGCCUAGGAAGCAGCUCGCUACCAAAGCUGCCCGAAAGAGCGCUCCCGCUACCGGCGGCGUGAAGAAGCCUCACCGUUACAGGCCCGGCACUGUGGCGCUGAGAGAGAUCCGCCGCUAUCAGAAAUCCACCGAGCUGCUGAUCCGCAAACUGCCCUUCCAGCGACUGGUCAGAGAAAUCGCUCAGGAUUUCAAGACUGACCUGCGCUUCCAGAGCUCCGCUGUCAUGGCGCUGCAAGAGGCUAGCGAGGCUUACCUGGUCGGGCUCUUUGAGGACACCAACCUGUGUGCCAUUCACGCCAAGAGAAUGUCUGGACGAGGCAAAGGUGGCAAAGGACUGGGGAAGGGAGGCGCUAAGCGUCAUCGCAAAGUGCUCCGUGAUAACAUCCAAGGCAUUACCAAGCCUGCUAUCCGCCGCCUGGCUCGCCGCGGAGGAGUGAAGCGAAUCUCCGGGCUGAUCUAUGAAGAGACCCGCGGGGUGCUGAAGGUGUUCCUGGAGAAUGUGAUCCGGGAUGCCGUCACCUACACUGAGCACGCCAAGAGAAAGACCGUCACCGCUAUGGAUGUGGUGUACGCUCUGAAGCGCCAGGGGCGCACUCUCUACGGGUUCGGGGGCUAGAGAUUUGGACGCGAAACACGAACACAAAGGCUCUUUUAAGAGCCGCCCACCGUUUCAUUUAAGGAGCUUUGAAUUAUAAAUCAAACUACACUUAAAGCAGCAAAAUGUUUAAAAUGGAAAAACAACAUGUUUGUAAAGAAAGUUUUACGUUGUUGAUUACUAGGUUUUUGAUUUCAGUUUUUCUUUUUUACUAACAGGUGGUAUAUUUCUGUAGCCCCUAAACACAGAUCUGAAACGUUUAAGCUUGUAAAUCAAUCUAUUGAAUGGAAUACGAACUCCGUUAAACCAAGUUCCCCUGUUGUGCAGAAAUAAAGCCCGGUAACAUUUUUAGUUCUUACCCAAUUUAGUUUUCCUAAACCGGUAAAAUAAAAGCAGUAAAUCUUGACCAAAGUUUAUUGAAGCCACGGCAUCGUCUUUUCUGAAUUCGAGGCGAAGUAUCACCGUUCAAGCUGCUGUGAAACAAUCGCUAUCUUAAACAGAAGCACACAGUCAAAAGCAUCGAUAAUGAUAUUGAGUUUCAACACGUUUAAUGAGCGCAACAGAGUGUCCUGGGGUUGACAAUAUAUCUGUAUUUGUUGUAUAUUUAAGACGCAUCGGGAGCGGGGUUCAGUAUUACUGUACAUUGAGUUACUGACGCAUUUAAUAAAAGAAAAACCAAACAUCUGAAGUGACCGUUGUAAAAAAAGGCGCCAAGUUCAAAUCUGAACUAAAAAUAAAAACCACUCCGCCCGCGGCAAAGUCACCACCCCUUCCUUUGCGUUUUAAGAGCACAACCAAUCACAGCGAAGCACUCCGCCCCCCGGGAGCG